GAUACAGGAACAGGUGCGGGUGGAGAUCUAAGCCACAAUCUGUCUGAAUCCUGCAUCAGCAACAUCUCAAGCUCAUCUCUGCGUAGUGACCCCAACGCCCCACCAAGCAAAAUGAGCGCAGAUGGACAAAAACAACUCCCUCCCUACAUCAUACCAGUAGAAAGUCAAGGAGAUGGUGUGAGGGUUUAUCACCCCCACACGCCUUUCACCCCACCCACCACACAGGACUCUGCUGCCUCUUCCAAACCAGUAUACACCAGUGGAGGUGGAGGCGUGGGUUCAGGUUUUGACUCUGGAGAAGGCAAAAAAAAGUUUGUGAGCUAUGAUACGAGUCUCGGGACUGAGCCUGGCAUGGCUACAUGCUCUUCCUGCCAGCAACAGGUUAUGACCAAUGUCACCUACAAGGCAGGAACGUAUGCCUGGCUCAUGUGUUUACUCUUCAUUUGCUGUGGGUUAGUCCUGUGUUGCUGCCUGAUUCCAUUCUUCAUGAACAGAUUCAAGGAUGCGUACCACACCUGCCCCCGCUGCAACAGAGUGCUGCAUGUUGAGAAGAGGAAAUGCUGUAAAUGAUGAUCAUCAGGGCAGAAAUGGACCCGUAGAAAUAAGAAAUAACCUCCUGUUACCUUUGUCUGAGUUAUGUUCACCCGGUAAAAAACCAACAAACCGGCAGCCCUGCUAUUUUCUGACAGGUCUCAGGUGAAAUGCAGCUUGUUUCUAUGGAUCACAAAACCAAACAUGAAUGACUUCUAUCGUAUUAUUAGCAAACAGACUGGGAGUGAUUGUGUUGUUCGAGCUCUUUCUUUUUUUUUUCCGCUCUGGCAACUGAAAGAACUCCCCAUGCACCUUUUAUUAACUGUCAUCAAUAUACUCAGAAACUUAUAUGCAUAAUGUUAAAAUGAAGGUUUGUACAUACAAUUUAUGGCAUUCUUUAUGCUUAAAUGGAUUGCACAUUUGAAAUUAAACAGAAAACCUGUCACAAUUUCUGAAUGAGUAACAGCGGCGACAAAUGCACAUUAAACCAGAGACGGGGGCAGACAUAAAAAUAUUUGCUCAUCUCUGGUUUAAUGAGUAAAACCCAAAGUGGCUAAAUUGUGUCAUAUUUAUAUGUUGUCAGUCUGAUUCUUGCAGGAAGACAAGCAUACAUACUGUACAACAGCGGCCAGCUGUAAAUAUAGUUAAGCCUUAUGUUUAGAUUAUUUGAAUGUAUUCAUUCAUUAGAGCGCAAAGAACAAUGCAAAAGAAA